AUGAUGGAGGUCAUUUACAGAAACGUGACAAACACCUACUUCGACUACCGGAGGCAAAUAAAAAAAAAGCGGAACCGAUUCAAGCUGUCUGCGUAUGAACAACUGGACGACGAAGAUUCAGGGAGGGAAGAGAACCUGCUAAGUCCUACGGAAGACAUAGAGAUGCAGGCGCACAGUCUACUUCCACCACAGUGGAUUGAGAAAAUAGAAGAAUGCUCAGAGGACAUAGGAAACAUCAAGUUAAAAUUAAUGGAGCUGGAAAAAAUGAAAAAGAAGAAGCUAGUAAAUGUUUUACACGACGAUCAGAUGAUCGUACAGGAAAUUGCCCAAAUGUGCACCGAAAUAACGCUUUUGAUUAAAAAUUGCGAGGGUAAAAUUCAGGGCAUCGCAUGGGACGACGCAGACUGGAGGCCAGGGAAGGAUGAGCUGACUGACCAGCAGGAUGAUAACCAUAAUGGCAGCAAGCAAGAUCAACGACAGGAGACGCACCCCGAUCCCAACGAUAUAAUCGGAAAGCUAAAAAUAAACGCAAAAAAAAGUCUAAUCUCGCAACUUAAAUCGAUAUCACAGACGUUUCACAACAAACAGAAGGCAUACAUAAACGAGUUGAAAAAAAUUUCAAAUGAGUGUAACGAUUACGCGGGUGACUUCCCCGUCGGAGAAAUGGAAAAUAUCCAACGGGAGGAAUUAACGUACGAGGGGAAUAACAACCUCAGUGGCGUAAAUAUCGCUAGGAGAAACACAGACUUGAGGAAGAUCUCAAACACUGUUAUAGACUUGCAUCACAUUUUUAAAGAGCUCUCCGUGAUGCUGGUGGAGCAAGGCUCUAUGUUGGAUCGAAUUGACUACAACUUGGAUUUAUCCAUCGAUAAAUGCGAAAAGGGGUUAAAUAAAUUGAAAAUUUUCCAUAAGAAUGAGGGGGAUAAACUCGCUGCCCGAUGUGUAUCCUUCCUGACUUGGCUGAUCUUUCUUUUGUUAAUACUUAUCAUUUUGAAGCAUUCGUACUGA